ACUUCAAUUGGAUAAACGCUGGUACUUGAUCCUCUGAAGUUUCUGGAACCAUCUUACUUUCUUCGACAAUGGAGAGCUUAGCGCAGUUAGAAGCUUUGUGUGAGAGGCUCUACAAUUCACAGGACUCAGCUGAACGAGCUCAUGCUGAGAACACUCUGAAAUGUUUUUCUGUGAACACUGAUUACAUUUCACAGUGCCAGUACAUUCUGGACAAUGCUUUGACUCCUUAUGCAUUGAUGCUGGCCAGCUCAAGUUUGUUGAAACAAGUGACGGAACACAGUCUCUCCCUACAGCUCCGUCUUGAUAUCCGAAACUACCUUGUAAACUAUCUGGCAACUAGAGGACCUGAACUGCAGCCAUUUGUGAUUGGAUCUUUGAUUCAACUAUUAUGUCGGGUUACCAAGUUUGGGUGGUUUGAUGACGAUAGAUUUAGAGAUGUUGCUAAGGAGUCGAUGAACUUUCUGAGCCAGACAUGGCCUGACCUUGUGGGUGAGCUAGUGGCUGCUGAGUUACACUCUUGA